GACUAGCCCUGCGGUCACGUGACAGGUAACAAAACAGCAGCCAUCUUGUUUCUUUGGUCUUUUCCGUCAAAAAUUUGUCUGUUUUCAGUUUUUUCGUCAAAGUUUGUUGAGAUCUGCGUCGUUUGAACACAUCAGAUCGCAAUGGGAGGAUCAAGUAGCCAGUUUACGCAAGAGGAACUGAAAGAAUAUCAGGAGCUGACUUAUUUCACAAAGAAAGAAAUUCUACAUGUUUUUAAGAGGUUCUAUCUCCUGGACCCUCCGAGUGUCAGAGCCAACAAGAACGCCAGGCUGCCCAAGGAGAAGAUAUGGUCCCUUCCUGAGUUAAAGGUGAAUCCGUUCAAAGAUCGGAUCUGUGAUGUGUUCUCAUCGUCAGGGGACGGUGACCUGUCGUUCGAGGACUUCUUGGACAUGAUGUCUGUGUUCAGCGAUGCUGCACCCAAGAAUGUCAAAGUGGAAUAUGCCUUCAAAGUUUAUGACUUUGACAGCGAUGGUUACCUGGACAAGUCAGACCUGAAACAAGUGGUGGAUCGACUGACGGGAGAGCAGAAACUGAGCGACACAGAGAUGGAACAACUCGUGGACAACUUGUUUGAAGAGGCAGAUCUGGAUGAGGAUGACCAACUUUCCUUCGCUGAGUUUGAGCACGUCAUCUCCAAAGCCCCUGACUUCAUCAACUCAUUCCGCAUCCGUCUGUAAAUGUGAACGUCAUCAUCUUAACCACUCACCACUACACUACAUGUACCUGUACACUACAUGUACCUGUGCAUGAACUGCCUUCACCAGUCCUGCAUGUGCCUUAAAUAAUGUAAUGCAUGGCUCAAUUUUAAUGCAAUGUGAAUGCUGAAACUUCUGUGGUGGUUUUUAUCUUAAAAUUUCAAUUUUCAAGAUGACCUUACACUGCGAAAUUAAAACACAGUGAAUGUGUACUGUACCACAGAAUUGUUUCAACGUGAACUUCUAACACAGCAAAAAAAAUUUUUUCCUGAUACUGGAAAAUAAAACCACUGAGUAAGUUUCUGCAAUUUUGGUAUCUGGAUUACCAGUAUGCAAUCUACUACUGUAACUUGUAGUUGAUUGCAUAUCCAUGUCUGGAAGUUGACAAAAGAACCGUACAGUUUUGUCAUGACGAUCUGCAAAAUGUCUUUCAAGCAGUUUUUUGUCCCCAUGUUUCUCAAACAUUUUGCUUGUUGUCACUAACCCCAUGUGUAUAGUUAAUAUCUGUCUAGUUUGGAAUAUGCACGUAAAGUCAUAGAAAUGGUUUUAAUAUAAUUUUGAUAUGUUAUUUCCUUGUAAAUAUCAUGCAAAAGGGAUGGAAGUUUCAGUGCUUUUUCAAAUGAAACUGACCACAUUUGUUUUGGAACAGAAAGUUUUUGUUACAAACAAGUAAAAAGUGUCCAAAUUGAGUUGACUGUGCCUUGAACAAAAUUGAACAGUGCAAUCUCCAAAGUUUUCCAAGUGUCAUUUUAAAGAAAUGAAAUUUUUGCGUGCAUGGUGUUGUUUUUCAACUUGAUAUGGAAAAAUGUGCCUUCUUUUCAGCAGUGAACAAAAAAA